GUGCUUCAUUUUUAGGCUUCUAUUUGUGCUGAAUAUGAUUUAUGCGUCCGAUCAACAUUAAUUGUGUGUUUAUUAUACUAACACUUUUUGCGGUGAUAGUCACUGAUGCGUGGUCUGGGAAUAACACCUACACCCUGGUGGUUUUGACCUCCAUCGAUGAGGACGAGUUGCUCCGUGAUGUCAUGUAUAACGCCCCAUCUGGAACUGCAAUCCGGAUACCGGUGAAUGGCUAUGAUGUCAUCCAAGAUGGCACCCAGGCGAAUACCCACCGGGAGACCUUCUUUCCGUUUUCCAAAAUCACCUCCUCAGAUACUUUGUUUUCGCGUCGGGUCCCUUAUCCGUACAUUACCAUCCUUUCGUCUGAGUGGGUGGUGUUGGAGAGGCCUGCACCCGAUGCACCUGUCAGCAACCUUCGCCAUUCUACUAAAGACGACGACGGCAUCAGGGACUCCACUUUAUUGCACUGUCGACUGCCGCUGCCUCGGGAUGCCAAUUUAAUGUCGCUCGCGGUGUCCUCCUACCUCAAACUGAAGACGCCUGAUAUGCGCCGCGAUAUUCUUGGCUGGUGGACGCGGUUGGCGUAUAAACGCCCAUCUCACUGUCUUUAUGGAGAUGGAGAGGGUGCUGUGACGGGGACACCCCGCUAUUAUGAAAUUUGCCCUCUUGAAGGAAUAUAUCGCGUAAAGAAGGGCUCCCUACUGAGGACCAUGGGCCAAACAAUUUUACCACAAGAUCCCACCACUGAGGCAGAGAAACACAACGCCUCUAAAUCUCAUACCGCGCAAGGGGAAGGAACCAAACCACCAGAUGUCUUGAAAUUACUUGGUCAAAUGCACACCUCCGCACUUCAACGCCGAAUACUGCGCAAUGAUCCACGCGUCGCCUUGGCCUUUGAGAAAAUCGGUCAGUAUCACGCUGUACUGAGUUCCCCGCACUGGAACGAAGCCCAGAAAGCGUGGGAGAUGGUGUACCCUUCCACCCAACCAUGUGACUUGCAUGCUACCGAUUAUAUUCAGGAUCGUGACAGCGAUGUUAAGGUUCAUCAUAGCAGCAGAACCUUCCGGGGCGAAGGUCAUGAAUCCUCUUCUUCAAUCCGCCACCCUAACGCUACUAUUAGAGUAGACGAUCCCUACUGGAAAACAGUGAUUCAACUACGUUGCCCAGCAGAUUAUCGAACUAAGCAUCGUGACUCCCGCAACUACAAACCCGAUGACGAUGAUACCAGAUAUUGGUCUAUUAGUGAGGUUCGGCAAAUGUGCCGCUACGAUGUUGAACUGGAGACAACAUUAGUGUGCGCUUGGGAGCAGGAACUAGACAAUCUGGUGGUAAACCCCAUCCCAUGUGUGAAGCUGAACUAG